CGCGUCAAACGACAGUAGUGCUUGUAAGUAAAACGUUAACGUGUCUUAUUCAUUUGGUUAUUUAUGACCAUUUUAUUUAAAUAUAAUUUGAUUGCGAAAAGUUAAAAAUUAUUGAAUUAAAUUUCACUGGAAUAUUAAAUAAAGAACGGUAUGCCUCUGUAAGAUAUCGAAACGGUGAAUAAUUUUCUACAAUAUCAAACACACACCUGCAUAGUUACCAAAAAGAGUAACAAAGUCUGCGUGUUAACAAAACUGCGCUAUGUGUGUGGAAUAGUGGGUAUAGUGAGAGUGCGUUGCGUGUGAAUACAUAUCUAUAUGAAUUGGUAUGUGUGAAUUGACGUUAUAAACAUAUGGAAAUAAAGUUGUGUUACCAGUGAAUAUACAUAGUCAACCCUUUUCAUGGAACGUUGUAACUUUUGGUUCAUCGCGUUGGCCAAUACAUCGUGGCGACGUCGAUGCUGCUGUUAGCAAGAAUCAAACAAGUGGGACUCAGUGCAUUACUAACAGCGCUGCCCAAGCGAUCGCAGUUGUGAAUUUGAAUGUGUCACGGUUUGUGUAUGUGAAUGUGCUUUUGUAAUGUAUUUCGUAAUGUUAAAAACAACUUAAAGAAAACGCUGUCAACAAACGCGAUUUUAACGCUAUUUUGGGCGUUGCCGCAAAUGCUUACGGUGCUCCGGUUCUACAAUUUCGCUUAAAAACAGAGAUAUUUAGUUACGAUUAGAACUUAUCCUUUUCCAUUCACUCGAAAUACUAGUUAUUUAUAAAGCUAUCAGUCUGAUUGUAAUAAACGACAAAAGGCGUCAGACAUUUUCAAAAUAUAUAAUAUGUUUACUAAAAAUAAAAGGACACAUAUAUAUACCAAAAAACGAUUGUGUAGAAAUCACCACAUAUUCGACAAUGAAGCCCAAAAAACUGUCGCUCAGCUGUCUAAAAGUACAAAAGCCAUUCGAAUACAAAAUUUUAAAUAUCGUGAUAAACUGAAGAUUACUACAAUGUUAGUCAUAGCUUUCUAUUUAGUCUUAAGCAACGUUUGCGGCAUCAAAGCGCAAACUCGCGAUCCCCGGUUCUUUUCACGACCCGGCGUCAAUGACUAUAAUUGGCCGAAUCCAGGUGAUCCAGAUUACAGAACAUACAUAUUUAAUGAUCGCCGGUAUGGACAUUACUUACCUAACGGUUACGGUACGAACUAUCCUGGUAGAAAUUCGCCUGGGCAAUAUCCGCAGGGCAUGCCCAACGAAAAUCGAUUUCGAUUUGAUCCGAAUAAUCCGAAUGCAGCGCAUACGCCCUUCCCUGGCAUUUUGGCCGGCUGGCGUGAAGAUUUACAGGGCAAACAACGACGUGACUCGCUGACAUUAGAUCGUGAUGUAUUUGUCACGACCAAUUAUGGCCAAGUGCAGGGCUUCAAAGUCUAUAUGUAUGACAACCCUGAUCCCAAAUCAUUCUACAGGCCAUACCAUUCAACUGUCGAUCGGGUGAUGGGCGAAUGCUCGGUUUUCUUGGGCAUUCCUUACGCCUUGCCACCCACGUUCGAAGGACGUUUUAAGCCACCCCGUUUGCACCGUGGAUGGCAGUUGUUACAAGCUGUUGACUAUGGACCUGCCUGCCCACAACCGGUACGGUACACUGGCGCUACCAAGGGUAUUAUGGAUAUGGAUGAAGACUGCCUUUACUUGAAUAUUUUUUCCCCAAAGACUGGUGCUGGCGUCGCUCAAAAAUAUCCCGUUAUGGUGUAUAUUCAUGGAGGAGAAUUCGUGCAUGGCGCUUCGAAUCACUUCCAAGGUCAUAUUCUCGCCUCCUUCUAUGAUGUGGUUGUUGUGACUAUAAAUUAUAGGCUGGGUGCGCUUGGCUUUUUAUCCACCGCUGAUGAAAACUCGCCUGGCAACUAUGGCAUAUUAGAUCAAGUUAUGGCGCUGAAAUGGAUAUAUGACAAUGUUGAAUUCUUCAAUGGUGAUCGUGAUUCGAUUACAUUGUUUGGACCUGGUGCAGGAGCAGCCUCAGCUGGACUGUUAAUGGUUGCACCGCAAACUAAGAACAUUGUGAAAAGAGUUAUUGCCCAAUCAGGUGCAGCCAUGGCCGACUGGGCGCUAAUUCAAGAUAAAUAUCGUGCACAGAAUACCAGCCGUGUAUUGGGGCAACUACUAGGCUGUUCCAUCGAAUCAUCUUGGAAAUUAGUAAACUGUCUACGCACUGGACGCAGCUUCUAUGAGCUAGGCAAUGCGGAGUUUCCCCCCCAAGUGGGCACUUUUGCCUGGGGCCCAGUUUUGGAUCACAAUUUCACGCUCCCUGGUGAUGAUUGGUAUGAAGGUUGGCGAGAAAAAGACUGGCGGUUCCUUACAACAACGCCAGAAAACCUCAUACGUCAGGGUCACUUUAAUCGUGGUAUACAAUACAUGGCAGGAGUGACGACUCAAGAGGCGGCCUUUUUUGUAGCACAAAAUGAAUCGUUAGCACCUUAUUACGAAAUCGAUGAGAAUUUUUUUGAUCAAAAAAUCCGCGAACAUGUCUUUCGCUACAAUUACACACUGAAUCCAAAUGGCGUCUAUGAAGCCAUCAAAUACAUGUAUACCUAUUGGCCAGAUCCCAACAAUAAUUCCAUAAUACGUGAUCAAUACAUUAAUAUGCUUUCCGAUUUGUACUACCGAGCUCCGGUUGACAAAAUGGUAAAACUACUGUUGGAACAGCGAAUACCAGUAUAUAUGUAUGUUCUAAAUACCACUGUGGAGGCUUUAAACUAUCCACAAUGGCGCAAAUAUCCACAUGAUAUAGAACACUAUUUUCUUACCGGCGCACCUUUCAUGGAUAUUGAGUUUUUUCCGAAAAGGGAUCAUUUACAGCGGAAUGUGUGGACCGACAACGAUCGCAACAUGAGUCAUUUUUUCAUGCAAACCUAUUCAAAUUUCGCUAGAUAUGGCAAUCCAACGCCUCAACAAGUCUUAGGUUUACAUUUCCAACGUGCCUACCAAGGUGAACUCCGAUAUUUGAAUAUUAAUACCACUUUCAACUCAUCAAUUAUGCUGAAUUAUCGCCAAACCGAAUGUGCAUUUUGGACACAAUAUUUGCCAACAGUAAUCGGAGUGUUGGUGCCUACUUAUCCGCCCACAACAGAAUUUUGGUGGGAGCCGAAAGAGCCUUUGCAAAUUGCUUUUUGGACUAUGUCCGUAGCAUGCUUCUUCCUCAUCGUUUUAGUGGUGAUCUGUUGUAUUAUGUGGCGCAAUGCCAAAAGGCGAUCCGAUUUUUAUGAUGACGAUGUUUUUAUAAAUCCUGACGGUACAGAACCGCCUGAUGACGGGCAAAGCGGUGUAGACAAUGCACACAUGGUAGCCAAUCAUCAUGCGUUACGGUCCCGCGAUAAUAUUUACGAAUAUCGAGACUCCCCGUCAUCCAAGACGCUUGCGAGUAAAAUUCAUACCGAUACAACAUCUGUUCGAUCUCCCAGCUCGUUGACCAUGACACAUAAAUCGGGAAGCCAAUCGUCAUUAAAAUCGGCGAUUUCUUUAAAGGAAACAAACGGAGGCACAUUGGCCAGUAACUUGAGCAAUACUCGCCCGACUCGUCCGGUUGCUCUAAAUAAUGGUGUUAUCUCCAUCACACAACAACCAAACAAAAUCGAAGAAAAAAGGUUAUUAACACAUGAGGGAGCCACACCUACACCAAUAUCGAGUACUCCUUUAAUAACAGCGACAACUGCCACGAUUUCAGCCGCAUCAGAGUCUGCAAGUUAUAAGCCUAAAUCUACUGUUAACAUAGCCUCCACAAGCACAGCACCCAGUAGUGCCGGCACUGUGAGCAGUCGCAGCACAACGCCUGUGCCCAGCGCACGUACUCUCACCACAACAACUACAUUAACAACGGCACCGCAGUUGCAACGCUUAGGACAAACGACGACAUCUGCUCAAUCGCAGACAAAGCCUCAAGCCCGAACACAAGUUAUUGAAGGUGUGCCACAAACAUCUGUUUAGGAGAUAUACCACUAGGUGGGGGCGACGGUCAGUUGUUAUUGAGAAAGCUAUUGUAACAAUCAGUUAGAGAGUGAUAUAAAAUGGUUUGAUAUUUCUAUGUGUAUUAUAUGCAAACAUUUCUCGAUAAAAUAUGACAUUUGAUUGAGAUUUGUUUUAAUGGAACACUAAAAAAAUUAAAAAGCCCAGAAGCUUUCCAUAAUUUUAGUACUAAAUAAGUCAUAAAAUCAUUUAGUUCUUCUGAUAACAUAUGUAUACAUAUAUUCAUACAUAUAUAACCUGCUUUAUGACAAUUUUUGUAUAAAAUGUGUUUAAACAAAUUAUUUGCCACCUACAUAUUUACUAUCACUCGGCGUAUUUAUAUUUAGUUAUGCGGUAGGAGUGUUUUCCUUCACCAUCUUGCAUUUGGUACUAUUUAGAAUCUAAGCAACGAAUCUAUCGCUUUUGUGUAUUAGAAUUAGCAUUAGAAUAUUUUCACUGUCAGCCUAGCUCACGGCAAACUAUGCACAUGCAUAUAUCCGAACAACGACAUUACAGCUAUAUAUGUAUACUUAAUUUUCUGAACAAAACCUUAAUACCUUUGUUUUUGCUUUCAAGUGUAUUUGAUAAAUAACUGAUGUAUAGUGAUAUAGAUUUCUAAUAGCUGUUUAUAUAUAACUAAUUUUCUAAUCUAAUUUAUGUGUAGUAAUUAAUGUUAUAAUUCCAACAUAAUUGAUUAUUCUUUCAUGGCAGCAUAUUAAAAUUUCUAUCUGUAUUUAACAUCUAUAUGGCAUUAUAAAGUUACAAAUUUUUACUAAAAACAAGAAAAAACGCGAACUUCCUUUGCACCUUUACAAAUACAAAUAAUAGAAGAUAUAUAAUAAAAGUUUUCCAUACAAGCACUUGACUCCGACCGUUCAGUUUCUAUAGUAGCAAUAGUGGCAAUCGGCAAUUGUUUUUCAUCAGGACAACGCAAGCUUAUAAUUCUUAUGAAUCCAUCUUAUAGUGCUGUUGGGAUUCUAACUGAAAUUCCAGUUCUUUGCCAAUAGGGUCGAGGGUUUCUAGGGGAGCCUUCUAAAUGGCAAAACGUUGCAUAUUUCACCUAGUUUCGAUCAUUCUACCUAUGCUUAAUAAAACCUUUAAUUUAAUUAAAAAAUAAUAGAUAACUUUUUAUAAGACCUUAUAUAAAGCAACUUUUUAUUUUUGAAUUUUUAUAAAUAAUAUAUAUAUUUUCAUAAAUAACAACUUUUUCCAUUGAGAUAAAGUUCUUAUUAAAUCUAUAUGAAAUAUUAAAAUUAAACUUGGUUUAUAAAUCUGUUAAUACGAGCUAUGGGCAAAAAUAUAAAUUGACGUCAAACACUACAUACACAUGUGUAAAUAGAAAUAUUAUUUUUAAUAUAAGCAAACUUCCAAUAUUAAUACUACCACAUAUUAAUUAAUAAAGGUAAUUUUAUCGGGCUUGCGAUAAAAAUUUUAUUAUUUUUCUCGAGAGAAUAUUUCGAUCUUGUAACAAUUUUUUUCUCAUAAUGUAUGUUCUAAAUUAUUUACAUUAAGAAAUAUACCAGAGUACUAGUAUAAAUAUAAUUAAUUUUAAGUGGUUUAUCUACGAGCUUGUAGUGAUCAACACCAUCAGUGUAAUCCGUCCAAUAUACCAUAAGCGAAUAAGUGCCUCAGUUUACAUGCAAGUUUCUUUCUACUUGUUUUUGUUUGUGUAAAUAUGCGACAGAACUUUAAUGCAUAACUUAUUACGAAGCGUUAUUCCUAAAAAUGUAUAUGUUUUAUUUUUAAGAUGUAUGUAUGUACUCAGUUCGUAUGUUUUUUGUCAUUUAGACAAUGUUUUUACAAUAUUUUAUAUGUUUAAUAAAUUGUAAUUGUAUUUGUAUGCGUCUAA